UUGAAUAGUGGGUUCUUAGGUCCAUCGUAUAUCCUUAAAAAAGAAGAUAAUAACAAAUUAUACAUCUGCAAAGCUUUUUCAAAAAAGGCAAUCGGCGACGAAGCUGAUGUGGACAAUUUCAUACAGACAAUCAGAAUUGUUAGAGGAUUAAAAGAAGCUUGCUUUCUUCCAUACCACUAUUAUUACAAUGAGGAAGGAUUUGUUUAUGCCAUUCGACCAUUUUUCGAAGGGUUAGACCUUUAUUCAUACAUAACGAACUGCGAUCUUGAUAUUAACAGCAUUUAUGCCCAAUGGAAAGUCCUAGUUCGAAUUUACAGACAUCUUCAUAAACGAAAGAUUGCACCGAAUACAAUCAAAGCAUCAAACAUCUUUGUAGAAAAUGGAACAGUAGCAUUUAUUACCGAUAUAUACCCUCCACCGAAAAGUUUUAAUCCUACAAUUCAUAAAUCAAAUCCAUUUGACGUUGGAUUUUUAUCACCGGAAUAUUUGACUUUAGGAUGCCCACCUUCCUAUAAAUCUGAUAUCUGGUCAUUAGGAGUCCUACUUUGGUUUAUGGUAACAAAAAAGUUGCCAUGGAAUGUUAAUAACAUUGUUGUCAUGCUUAAACAGAUACAAAGAGCCACACCUGAGAAUUCAAACUCUCUUCCUGAUGAAAUUAAAGAAAUCAUGGCAACAAUGCUCCAAUUCAAUCCAGAUUCAAGAGCUGAAACAGAAGUAUUAGUGCAUACAAUGCCUGGCAAACAGAUUGCUAAAUUACCUCCAAUUGGCCCUGAAAUUAGAUCAAAUUCUUUAAAGAUUGCAGGAGAUAUUGUAGUUAAAAAGCUCAAAGGAUCACCUUCUUCUCCUAUCACAUUGAAUGGAAUCAAACCCUCUCCUCACAGAAUUUCUUUGGAUGACAGCGACAGUGGAGACAAAAAAAUCCACGCUGCUGGCGGAAAUCAAAAUAUCCAACUAAAUAUCCCAACAAAAUUCACUAGAAGAGUUGGAAUAAUAUCUCGUCAAGGAUCUCUAACAACAAUACAGAGAUUUGCUCCGAAAUGA